AUGGACCUGGCCCAUCGCCAGUACCUGGCCAAGCUGUCCUCAGUGGGGAGCAUCUCGGAGGAGGAGACCUGUGAGAAGCUCAAGGGCCUGAUCCAGAGGCAAGUGCAGAUGUGCAAGAGGAACCUGGAGGUGAUGGACUCAGUGCGUCGCGGAGCCCAGCUGGCCAUCGAGGAGUGCCAGUACCAGUUUCGGAACCGGCGCUGGAACUGCUCCACACUCGAUUCCCUGCCUGUCUUUGGCAAGGUGGUGACGCAAGGGACUCGGGAGGCGGCCUUUGUGUAUGCCAUCUCUUCAGCAGGUGUGGCCUUUGCAGUAACUCGGGCAUGUAGCAGUGGGGAGCUGGAAAAGUGUGGAUGUGAUCGGACGGUACAUGGUGUCAGCCCUCAGGGCUUCCAGUGGUCAGGAUGCUCGGACAACAUCGCCUAUGGCGUAGCCUUCUCACAGUCAUUUGUGGAUGUGCGGGAGAGAAGCAAGGGGUCCUCAUCCAGCCGGGCCCUCAUGAACCUCCACAACAACGAGGCCGGAAGGAAGGCUAUCCUAUCACACAUGCGGGUGGAGUGCAAGUGCCACGGGGUAUCAGGCUCCUGCGAAGUAAAGACAUGCUGGCGAGCUGUGCCACCCUUCCGCCAGGUGGGCCACGCACUUAAGGAGAAGUUCGACGGCGCCACCGAGGUGGAGCCACGCCGUGUGGGCUCCUCUAGGGCACUGGUGCCACGCAAUGCACAGUUCAAGCCACACACAGACGAGGACUUGGUGUACUUGGAGCCCAGCCCAGAUUUUUGUGAGCAGGACAUACGCAGCGGCGUGCUGGGCACGAGAGGCCGCACAUGCAAUAAGACAUCCAAGGCCAUCGAUGGCUGUGAGCUGCUGUGCUGUGGUCGCGGCUUCCACACGGCUCAGGUAGAGCUGGCUGAACGCUGCAGCUGCAAAUUCCACUGGUGCUGCUUCGUCAAAUGCCGGCAAUGCCAGCGGCUCGUAGAAUUGCACACGUGCCGGUGACUGGACGCUGCCUGUGCCCAGCAACCACCUACGUGGCCCAGGGAAGGCCAGUAAUUUAAACAGUCUCCCACCACCUUCCCCAAGAGAUACUGGUUGUAUUUUUUGUUUUGUUUUGGGUUUUGGGUCCUCAUGUUAUUUAUUGCCAAAACCAGGCAGGCAACUCCAAGGGCACUAACUGGGGCCUCCCUAAAGCCUGAGCCUUUGUGGCCGCCACUGACCAAAGGGCCCUUGCUCAUGCCCCUGGCUAUUCACAAAUGGUCAUGGCUGACCACUCAUUUGUUAUCUGUGUCCAUUUUUCUACUUUCAGAUUUAAUGUGGGUAAUGAGGAAUGUUACAGCCACAGGGCUACUGAUGCUGCCAUCUAGGGAAACAGGUAACUUUAUGGCAAGGAAAGUAAGUACAAUCUUGAUGGAAAUCACACUGCCUAGAAAAGAGCUCACACUCUUCACCUCACACAUACACAGGGUCCUGUGGCAAUUUGAGCCUAUAGCCUUUUCUCCCCAAACUCCUGGAAAAGGAAUGAGCAGUUACCAGGGCAAAGGCAAAGGGUUCAUUUCAGCCUUUACGUGGACAGCUGGAUGUUCAACCUAUGUGGGGGCCCUUCCAAGCAGGAAGUGCAGGUGAAGUUCAAACAAGAGAAGGCUAUACAGUCCUGCCCUGGAGCCCAGCCUGCUCCAGCCUGUCCCCUCUGGAAGGGAAACUCCCCACCCCCUAGAUCCUCCUGGGCAGGUUUAGGCUGCCAUCCUGGAUCAGAUCCUGCCAUGGGCCUUUACAAUCAUGUCCCUGUGUGAGUCACCACCAUAGGGCUGUCCUCAUUGAAAGUGAGGAUGGAAAUCUCACACACCACAGGACAGAGAGCCAUGCAAUGAGUCCUUCCCAUCAUCUCAUUUAAACAAAAUUGAUUCAGCAAAUACUGAGUCCCAGGCCCUGCACUGAGGCAUCUGGUCCCUCUGCCACUCCUUCUUGGCUCCUGUAUCCAAAAACACAGAUACUGCAGGUCUCCUUGGGUCUGAUCUAUGGGAAAGGGGGUCUGGCUGGGAGAAAAGGGACAGGGAAGCAGAAGCCAGAGACCACAGGCUGGGCUGGUACUAUGUGGUGGCUAAGGGAGAGCAGGCUCUGAGGCAGAGCUAAACAGCUGGAAGACUGAAUAGUGAGAUCUCAGCAGCUGAGACACUACAUCCUAGGACCUCCAGGUACCACAAGUACUGCAAAAGAUUCCUCAAGAGACAGCACUAGCAGCCCAGGCUUGAUCCUGUCCAGCAGCCAAAACAGGAUCCCAGCCCAAUCUUCCCUGAACAAGACACACAAAGACUCAACUGCUUCUCUGCUGGCUCCCAACCACCAGAGGAACUGUCAGCUUGGUCUCCAAGCUGCCCCCACAGUGCAGCUCUUGGCUCCAGGUCUGAGGGCUUGAGCUCUGGAGGAGUCCCCACUUGGGGCUGAGACCCUAACCUUUUGGAUCCUAGGUUCAGUGGCUGAAUACAAAGUCCCAGAUUCGACAUAGGGGCUUAGGCCUGCAGAAACUCUCCUCCAGGUCCUGUGGUUUAUACCUUCUGGUAUUGGCUCUGUCAUGAAAAGGGUCAACACCCUUGGCCCCCAGCCAAGCUUUCUGCUCAGUGUCCAUGCAAGAGGGAAGCCAAAGCCAAGUGAGAUGCUGCAGCCACAUUCAAAUGUGGAGAUAAUCUUGAGGCAGGCUGGCUCUGAUGUGGAUGAAAGCUGAGCUGAACAAGGGUCCCCACAGCUACCAGCUGGGCCUAUUACUCCUCUAGUGGACUUGGUUCAGCUGCCUGCUCCAUGUCAGGGAAAACACUAUCCCUCACUGACACAGCCAGAUCCAGACAAGUGAGCAGUAGAGACCACCCCCUCUAGAGGAAGAUGAACCACUCUCUCCCACUCAGGGGAGCAGUGGGUCUGGGCUACUUGCCGGUUUGAUGGGUACUGCCCCAGGAAACAGGGAGAAGGUAUGUGCCUGAUCACAGGCUUCAAAUUCCCACUUGCCAGGGAACUCGUCAAAGUAGAUCAAUCGUCCUGGGGUUCUGAAUGUUGUGGCCUAGAUCAAUCAGAUCACAUUCUAGGAACCAAUGCCGAGGCCUAUUGCCAUACCCAGCACUGCCAAGGCCAAUGUAAUCGACAGCCAUAGGAAAAAGAAGCUACAUCCCCAGCUGCAAGCUGUCCUAAAUUUAAAAAGAAAAGAGUAAGAACUGACAAAGGUCUGAUAUAGGCUGCCCUCUCUUGGCUGUGCACAGGUCUGAAAACUGGCCAGAACUGCUCCUCACUAUUCCUGUCCCAAAGCAAAAGUGAGGUCCUCUGAGGCCUAGGGUUGGAUAAACCCCAGCUCUGGAUGCUGCUACCCACUCUUCUGCCUCACCCCAACCCCCAGUUUUUAUACUAGGCUUCUUGGCAUUGUGACAUCCUUUUGACAUAAUCUGAUGCACGAUAAAAUGAUUAUUUCUUUAUCUGGCAACUGUGAUAGUGACCUUUUUUUAAUAAACAGAUUAAGAAGAUAGACUUCGGGAAGGACAUAGGAAAAGCAAGUAAAUAGCAAAUGCUACAGAUAUGAAAGUCCCCUUUGCCUUUGCUCUUCUGAGGGAACAGUUUUGAGGCCCACUGCUGUCUGAAAGUCCAUUAACUAACACACAGUCGCUGUCUGCAUUUCACUGAACUUAAACCUCGGCCUAAAUAAGCUGAUCAGAACUUUAAUGAGUAUUGAUGUGAAGAGAAGGAUCUGAUGAAUGGGUGCUGACACAGGUGGUAGGGGAUAAUUAAACUUAGCUCCUCACUGGGACAAAGGAAUCCAAGGCCUGUGGCUAGAAGUAAACUCCAAGAUUUGAACCAGUCAAGGAUGCAGAGUUGGAACAGAGAACAAGUAAAAAUCCUCAGCGCAAGAGGAUCCCUGCUGAUGAGGAGACCUAGUGGCUCCUCAGGAUCUCUCAUUCAUCCUCACCAAGGGAGCCCAGGGCCUCGCCUUCACUUGCUCCAGUGCAGGUGAGGGGACUAAGGACCACCUGAGAGCAGUCAGGCUGUAGGGUUGGCUUUCCAAAAGCUUAGCGAGGUAAAGGAUUGAAGAAAAGUACUUUGAGGACAGCAAGGUAUGAAUCCAUUUGUGAAGAACUGGGCAGAUGCUGUCUGAGGUAGGGAUGAAUAAAAAAGGGCACUUCAUCCUCAAAUGAAGGUACAAGGCAUGAAAAGGGACUGGGGAUAUUGAGAAUCCAGGACAGUAGAACACAAAAGCCAGUAUCCAGGGCCAGUUAUUUUCUAGAACUGUGAGAAAGUCCCAGGCUUUGAAACCAAACAAGCUGGGUUUGGAUCCCACCAUUGCCAGUUCUUCACUAUAUGGAACCUCAGAUAAUUCAUUGUCAUCUCUGGGAUUGAUUUCCUUAUCUGUAAUGUGCCCGUUCCCCUAUAAGAGAAUCUAUUUCUUGGAGAUAUUAAAUUAGGUUAUAUAUAUAUAUGUAUGUAUGUAUAUAUAUACACACAUACAUACAUAUAUAUAUCAACAAACAGCAACUUUGAUUAUAAAUAUUAUUAUUCCCUUUCCAGGAACAUAAGAGAGAGGGUUAAGGUAGUUAGAAGACUAAGGAGUUAAAACGAGAAAGAGACAACAUGGAACAGGUUAGGGACUGGGGCAGGCACCCUGAAUUUGACCCUGGACAUCAGAAGCAGGAGAUCUCUGAGGAUAGAGAGCUCCACAUAGGGGUGCAGAGUCUCUCAGGGGUCAGGAUACUCAGGCAGCAGCCAGCAAGACUAGGACAAAGCUUCCCUGAGUCACCAGCUGGAGGAACUAUGCUGAGGUUCCACUAUGGGAAGAAGGAUGAGGUCAGGAAGCCGAGGUCAAAAACACUCAGUCAAAGGUGGAGGUGGAAGCGGCAGAGCCGAACAAUGGGUGCAGAGCAGGCCCUAAGAGCUCCACCUGUGGGACGGAAGGCUUUUGGCCCACAAGCUGGGUCAGCUGGCACAGAGGCUGUGUCCAGAUGCCAUUCUGGACAGCUGCUGCCCUCCGAACUCAGGGAGAGUUGUAAAAACAAAAUGAUAAAGUGGACCCCUUGCCCUCUGCCUCUGUCCUGACAACAAGCAGUCCCCAGAAAGUACAGAGGGACCAGAGGCAAGCUUAAGGUCAACCAGAGGCCAAGCAAGAGCAAGAACAGAGGGCAACAGUGUAGAAGGAAAGUGAAGGAAUGGGGCAACUGUGGGGAGGGGGUCAGAAGGGCUGAAACUUAAGUGAGGAAAAUGUAGAGGGAGGGAGGAGAGAUAGGAAUACAGGGGGAAGGCAAACAAAAGUGCUGAGGGACCUAAGGGCUGAGGCUGAGGUGAGCCCAGCAGCUUCCUAGUAAGAGGAGAAAGUGCUGAGCUUCAGAAGGCAUCUGAUGCAGAAAGGGUGGGAGGGUUGGCAAAGGAUGUGAAGGAGAGGUAUGGAGUGUGCCUGGCUUGGCCCAGGAGAUGAUUUCAUAGGCAUCUCCCCCCACCCAUUUCUUCCUGAGCCAUCAGUCCUGGUGAACCCCUGCCUGCAUCUCAAGGGUCUAGGCCAAGCAACCACUGACAUGGGAGAGAAGGGGCCCUUCUGGGCCAGACCACGAAGGCUGGCACUGUGCCUGCUGGAGGAGGAGGGGAUUAGAGACCCAGUCCUCAUCAGCAUCCCAGCCGGCACUUCGGAGGCAAUUAGCAGCCCAGCUGAGCUAAUCCCCCGCCUGGCUAGGCCAACACAAACAGGCCCAAGCCGGGUGCACACUUGCCUCCCUGUUUGCUGAAGGGCCCAGUGGCCCGCCAAGAACAACAUCAGUAACCCAGGGCCUUCUCUAGGUUAAGAGUGGGACCAGGCUAGGUUAAGAGUGGGACCAGGGCUUGCUGAAGAGCUGAUAGUGCCCGACAGAGCACACUCUGGAUAGGCACUCUGGCUGCCCCAGAAAGGCAGCCACUGUUCCCAAACCAUGGGUCAGUGGGAAGAGGAAGCUAGACACAAGGAGCCAUGUAUUCUGAUUCAACACACACUCCCACCUCCACCAUGCCACCUGUGAGAGAGAAGGCACUGCCACUUUGGCCAGCCCAAUUGAAGCCAGGAGAGGUAGACCCUCUGAUCAGAGCCUAAGGACACAGGAUCCAUACCAAGAGAAAAUUUAGACCUUACUCUUGCCGUCAAGGAGCUCACAGUCUAGCAAGAAAAGCAAUUAUGUGUAGGACCCUGGAGCAGGAUCAGAAUCUAGCCCCAGUCAAACUUGGCAAAGCUGCAGUAGAACUUCCAAGAAGAGAAGGCAAAGGGGAUCCAGGAGAAGAAACAAAUCAAGACCCACAGAUUGACAAAUGGGGCAGAUGGCACCAAGAGAUGAAGGACCUAGGACAAGUUCUGCCACAACGUGGUCCUGGACCAAGAAAUGAAACCAGGCCAUCCUUCUCAGGCACCUCUGCUUCUGAAUUCCAGACCCAUCCUACCCGCAUCAGCCCUAGGCCUGGGGGUAUCUUCUUUUAGAACCAAACUCUCCAUUCUCAAUGUGGUCUCUCACCUACCCCAAGACCCCUUUCUCCUCAACCUCCAAGUCCUCACAGGUCUCCUGCCAAGAACAAAGGCCACAAACAGACUUUGCAGUAGAACUUCAGCCUCUCUGGAGUUUCCACCCAGGGAAGCAACAGCCACGGUCUCCCUGUGUGGGUCAUACCUCCUCAAGACACUGUGUUCAUCAGCUGUUCUCAGCACCACCACCAUUUACAGAGGAACUUACUUAUCACAACACCAUACCAGUAUCACCUCAGGGCAUGGGCACCAGCACAUAACUGAACAUAAAUAUUCCCCACUGGGUAAGCCAGCCAAGAGGCAGAUACAUAAUUUAUCUGUGCUUCAGGGAUGAGACUGAGGCUCACAGAAGGGAAGAGACUCCCCCAGGCCUUUUGGCUUCUAGUCAGGAUGCAAGGUCACCAGAGCCUCUCCCUACUCCACAAGCCUCCACCCUCCCUUACUGCUGGCCUAGACCUGCCUUUGGUCCUCUCUGACCAGGGGGCCAUAGAACCCUGAGCCCACCUUCUCCUCACAAAAUAGUAUCAUCUAUCCCUGGCUGGGCCAAGCUGAACUCUGACAUGCUGCUGGGGACCUACACAUUACUUUGCAGAAAGCUCUCUCUUUAAGGCCAAAGGGUGAGGGAAGCUGGAGUUGACUGCCAGGGCUGACAAAGUCAAAGCAGGAAACAGCAGGCCUCCCCACCACCCUGCUUCGGCUGGUGUGGCAGAAGACUUCAGGCCCAGGUCCAAGCCUGCCAGAUGGACUGUCAGGUUCCUGCCCACAGCCCAAAGAGGCUGACAACCCACAGUCCAAACUCCUCUUGGGGUGCUUCCCACCCAGCCCUAGAACACUAGCCUGGACCAAGGUAUAGAUGAAAUGACAAGUCCUUUCCCCCUUCAGUUCAGCCAAACAGGGAAGUGUUUUUUCAAAGGUAUUUUACUAGGACACUGAAAGAAAACAAAAAGAUAAGCACACAGAAAUAAGCAGUUUUCUAAGCAGGACUUUAACCAGCACCCAAUCAGAGGCCUACAGAUGCAUCUCCCUCUCAUCCCCCAUCCCUCAGGCAGCCUCUUUCUAGGCACUGGGAGAUCUGGGGCCUUAUUCUAACUCCACUGCUGACAGCUUGUGAAUUCUAAAGCAAGUCAGUAAACCUCUCAAUCUCAUCUGUAAAACAGAGAUGAAGAUAAUAUAGGGCCAGGCCUGGACUAAUCUGAAGCCUCUGUUCUACACAGCUUGCCACCCCCACCCACCUCCACCAUUCUGGCUGUAGGAAGACUAGGUGAAACACAACUGUGGACACGCUCCAUGGAUUGAGAAGCACAGUCAAGGAAGCUGAUGGUAGUCACUGGCCAGAACCUGCCUUUCCUUUAAGAGUGAGGAAAACUGUGUUUUGAGGUAUGGAGGAUGGCACUGUAUUCCUGGUGCAUCAGGUUUAGCUGACAUGAGGGUUUGCUGAGUCUCUCUUCCCCUUGGAGUUCUUCUAUCCCUCUUCUUCCCAGCACCUCUUGCAGCCUGGGCCUCCUCCCCCAUCUCCAUCUUGGACAGCAGCUGGAACCACCUGGAAAGCUUCAGGAAUGGCUGAUGGUUAUCACAGCCAGGACAGGGCAAGUGGCUGUCCCUCAGAUUCAUCAUAGAGCUGGAGUGGAUCCAGAGAAGUGACCAUGAGGAUGUGGGACUGCUGCUAUGAACUCAGACUGCCUCAAUCUAGAAAGAGAAAGCCUGAGAGGGGGCAGCUCAACCACUCAAAUCAGAAGAGGUAUGAAGAGGGGACCUCUGAACAAGCAUGGCGUGGCAGGAGAAGGCUGAGAGCCAAAGUUGUCCAAAUCUGGAUGGGACCCCUUCUAGACUUCCCUGGCUGGGUGACCUCAGAUGAGUUAACCCUUAUGAGUCUCAGCUUUCCCAUCUGUACCAUUUCAGAAGGCUACCAUGAGAACUGAGCCAUAACUCAGAUCUUUGUGAACUAGGGAGCCUCCACUCUAACAGACACACAACUGUCCUCCUUGGAAGAAAAUGGGAUCGGAGAGAAACCAAACUAUAGGAAUCUUCCUGAAUGGACCAAGAAAAAGCUAAACAUCCUCCCUACUGCCCCAUUCUGGUCAUCUCAGCUCAAAACCUUAUGAAAACGUGGAGGUCAUAUGGUCUAUGGUCCCGAAGAAUGCCUCGAAGAGGACUUCUCUGCAAGCACACAUUCCAACCAACCUAAACUUCUCUACAGUCCUGAAAUAAAGCAAUUCCCUAAGCCCCAAUUCA